UCGGCGCAUUUUGCACAAAGUGGAAACGUGAGCCGACCAUCAAAUGUUCGAUAAGGUAGUAGAGGAGGAAGAUUUCCAGGCAAACAUGUUGGAGGCUGCACUCGGACAAGAAGCAAUCCUUUAUAGAUGUUGUGCUCAGGAAUUGUCCAAGGCAGGCGGUUGUUGUUGUUGUUGUUGUUUGAUGAAUCCAAUAAUGUUUCACGAGUCAAAACGUUAG